GGGCCCCCUGCCCAAAAAGUCGAAGGCGGGAUCCUCUCUCUUCGUCCACGGCCUUGUUGUUCAAUCUCUGGCACUGUUCUCCUCCUACAAUACAAUCUGUGACAUUGGGCGCCGAUAUCCAAUGGAAGAACUGAAAUCUCGGCAGUAUUAAUUUGGGAGGCAGCAUCUACACCACUCAGAAGCGGGUUUGUGAUUGUCGUCUCCAACAGCGAAGGGCUGAAGUACUAUUGUCAUGGCUGACCACUCCAAAGUCGAUGUUGUUCAGCUGAUCAAGCGAUUCGGAGCUUUCCUCACUGUCAAGAUUUCCAAUAUCCUCCGUUCCAUGGAUUCAAAAUCUGUUGGGGCUUUGGCAGGUCUUGCAUUAGCAAUAGUGUUUACCUGGAGACUAUGGAGAUCUCCAGGUGGAACUCAAAGAAGGAGACCUAAACGACAAGCUGUGCCGUCAAGUAGCUCUGAAGCUAGUAGCCAUGCAGAUGAAACUGUAUCUGCUGUUGUUGCUAACCCAUCAUCAUAUGAUUCAAGAGCACAAAAUGUCAUUGAUGAGUUCUUUCAGCCUGUAAAGCCAACCCUAGGGCAAAUAGUUCGGCAGAGGUUGAGCGAAGGGAGGAAGGUAACAUGUCAGUUACUUGGUGUGAUCCUCAAGGAAACUAGCCCUGAGGAGCUUCAGAAACAAGUAACUGUGAGAUCCUCUGUUCUGGAAGUAUUGCUUGAAAUCACCAAAUUUUGUGAUCUUUAUCUCAUGGAAAGAGUUCUAGAUGAUGAGAGUGAAAAAAAGGUCAUCUUGGCUUUAGAAGAUGCUGGAGUAUUUACAUCUGGUGGCUUGGUGAAGGACAAGGUUCUCUUUUGUAGCACUGAGAAUGGGCGAAUAUCCUUUGUCAGGCAGUUGGAACCUGAUUGGCAUGUUGACUCAAAUCCUGAAAUUAUUUCCCAGUUAGCGAGAUUCAUCAAAUAUCAGCUUUACAUCUCGCCGACCAAACCCGAAGCAACAGCAGCUAAUGUUUUCAGCUCCACUUCCUUGGAACAGUUCUUUGGCUGUGUUUAAUGUGUAACUAGCCAAAAGAAAGAGAGAGAAAAAGAAAGAAUGAAAGAAAGAGAUUGGUUUCAAUGCAUUUUCUUCCCACUUGUUUUAGGGCAUAUCUCUAUGGGCAUUAAGAGUUUGUUGAGGGAGAUAUUGUAAUAAUGGUACUGGGUAUUAGUCUGAUGACAGUGUUUGAUUAUAAUUCAUGUGUAUGGAGUGUUUGUUGGAUAUUAAAAGGCCAUAUCUUUGUAUUUGUUGAAUGUAUGACAUCUAUAUUAAUGGAGUCAGAUUUCAGAUUUGUUGUAAAGUUGAGAUAUGCAUUUACAAGAAAUUGAAGAUAAAUGAUUAAAAAAGAAGAUGACAAUCCGGACAAUUAUCUGGAGUAGAUAAUAUUUUAUGACAAUUGGGACAAUUAUGUCACUAUCUUUUUUUGAACGCUAUUGAUUCCAUUACAAGGGUUUAUGGAACAACGAACGAUCGCUGAAUCUACGAGCCUCCCAACUGUUUUCUUCUUCUAACUUCGAGACGCGCCAAUAAUCUCAUAUCACCUUCACCGCUUUUGACAUUCAUCCAUGCGUACACCCGAAAUGGUCGAGAGAAAGGUAUACAAAACGAAGCUAUGCGUGCUGUAUCAGAAGGGCCACUGCCACCGCCAUAGCUGCAACUUUGCUCACGGCGAUGCUGAGCGGCGCCGAUUCUCCGGUCCGUUCGAAGGUUUCCGUAGUAAAUUGAGGCUAUGUAU